GGCACCUGCCCAGAGGCGCGGGUCCCGCAAGGCCCCGCCGUCCGCGCCGAGAUGUGGAAUCCCCUGCACGAAGCCGACUCGACCUUUGCGGCGUGGCGCCGCCCGCGCUGGCCGUGCGUCGCGGCGCUGGCGCUGGCCGCCGGCCUCUUGAUCGCCGGCUUCCUCCUCGGAUGGUUUAUAAAAUCCUCCAGUGAACCUACUAAUGUUGUUCCACAGCAUAACGUGAAGAAGGCGUUUUUGGAUGAAUUGAAAGCUGAGAACAUCAAGAGGUUCUUAUAUAAUUUUACACGGAUGCCACAUUUAGCAGGAACAGAACAAAAUUUUCAGCUUGCAAAGCAAAUUCAAUCCCAGUGGAAAGAAUUUGGCCUGGACUCUGUUGAGUUAGCCCAUUAUGAUGUCCUGUUGUCCUAUCCAAAUAAGACUCAUCCCAACUACAUCUCAAUAAUUGAUGAAGACGGAAAUGAGAUUUUUAACACGUCGUUAUUUGAACCACCUCCUCCAGGAUAUGAAAAUGUUUCAAACAUUGUGCCACCUUUUAAUGCCUUCUCUCCGCAGGGAAUGCCAGAGGGUGAUCUAGUGUAUGUUAAUUAUGCCCGGAUUGAAGACUUCUUUAAACUAGAGAGGGACAUGAAAAUCAAUUGCUCUGGGAAGAUUGUGAUUGCCAGAUAUGGGAAAAUUUUCAGAGGAAAUAAGAUUAAAAAUGCCCAGCUGGCAGGGGCCAAAGGAGUCAUUCUGUAUUCAGAUCCUGCUGAUUACUUUGCUCCUGGGGUGAAGUCCUAUCCAGACGGUUGGAAUCUACCUGGUGGCGGUGUCCAGCGUGGAAAUAUCUUAAAUCUUAAUGGUGUAGGGGACCCUCUCACACCUGGCUACCCAGCAAAUGAAUACGCUUAUAGACGUAGAAUCACAGAAGCUGUUGGUCUUCCAAGUAUUCCUGUUCAUCCAGUUGGAUACUAUGAUGCACAGAAGUUCCUGGAGAAAAUGGGAGGAUCAGCACCACCAGACAGCAGCUGGAAAGGAAGCCUCCAAGUGCCCUACAAUGUUGGCCCAGGCUUUAUUGGAAACUUUUCUACACAAAAAGUCAAGAUGCAUGUCCAUUCUAACAAUAAAGUGACCAGAAUAUACAACGUAAUCGGAACUCUCAGAGGAGCAGUGGAACCAGACAGAUAUGUCAUUCUUGGAGGUCACCGUGACUCAUGGGUGUUUGGUGGCAUCGACCCUCAGAGUGGAGCAGCUGUUGUUCAUGAAAUCGUGAGGAGUUUUGGAACACUAAAAAAAGAAGGGUGGAGACCUAGAAGAACAAUUUUGUUUGCAAGCUGGGAUGCAGAAGAAUUUGGUCUUCUUGGUUCUACUGAGUGGGCAGAGGAGAAUUCCAGACUUCUUCAAGAGCGUGGUGUGGCUUAUAUUAAUGCAGAUUCUUCUAUUGAAGGGAACUAUACUCUGAGAGUUGAUUGCUCCCCACUGAUGUACAGCUUGGUAUACAACCUAACAAAGGAGCUCCAAAGCCCCGAUGAAGGCUUUGAAGGCAAAUCUCUUUUUGAGAGCUGGAAUGGAAAAAGUCCUUCACCUGAGUUCAGUGGUGUGCCCAGGAUUAGCAAGUUGGGAUCUGGUAAUGAUUUUGAGGUGUUCUUCCAAAGACUCGGAAUUGCUUCAGGCAGAGCACGGUACACUAAAAAUUGGGCAACAAACAAAUUCAGGAGCUAUCCACUGUAUCACAGUGUCUACGAAACAUAUGAAUUGGUAGAGAAGUUUUAUGAUCCAGCUUUUAAAUAUCACCUCACUGUGGCCCAGGUUCGAGGAGGGAUGGUAUUUGAACUAGCCGAUUCCAUAGUGCUCCCAUUUGACUGUCAAGAUUAUGCUACAGUUUUAAGAAACUAUGCUGACAAAAUCUACAAUAUUUCAAUGAAACAUCCACAAGAAAUGAAAACGUACAGUGUGUCAUUUGAUUCACUUUUUUCUGCUGUGAAGAAUUUUACGGAAAUUGCUUCUAAGUUCAGUGAGAGACUUCAAGACGUGAACAAAAAUAACCCAAUAUCAUUGAGAAUUAUGAAUGAUCAACUGAUGUUUUUGGAACGAGCAUUUAUUGAUCCUUUAGGAUUACCAGACAGGCCUUUCUAUAGGCAUGUCGUCUAUGCUCCAAGCAGUCACAACAAGUAUGCAGGGGAGUCGUUCCCAGGAAUCUAUGAUGCUCUGUUUGAUAUUGAAAGCAAAACGGAUCCUUCCAAGGCCUGGGGGGAAGUGAAGAGACAGAUCGCAAUUGCAGCCUUCACAGUGCAAGCUGCAGCAGGGACUCUGAGAGAAGUAGCCUAGGUGGUUUUCCAGAGAACCCGUACUGAAUAUGUAGGUACAUCACUCAGAAGGAAUCAUGAUGGUGUAUUGAUAAAUUAAAACAUAAAGCUAUAUAAAUGUAUAUGUACAUACAUAUAU